AUGUAUGACAUCACUGUGAGUGUGGAGGUGGGGGUUCUGUGCAGGAGGGGUGGAGAAGGCGUGGAGGUGAGGGUUCUGUGGAGGAGGGGUAGAGGCUGCCUGGACUGCUGCGUGAAGUGCUUGGGUGGGAUCCCAUAUCCGUCUCUGAUUGCCACCAUCCUGCUGUACGCCGGGGUAGCUCUGUUCUGUGGCUGUGGUCAUGAGGCACUGACCGGUACAGUCACCAUCCUGCAAAACUACUUUGAGGUGGUCAGGAGCCCCGUGGAAGCACUCGACGUCUUCACCAUGAUCGACAUCAUCAAGUAUGUGAUCUAUGGAAUUGCUUCUGCAUUCUUUGUCUACGGCAUCCUGCUGAUGGUAGAGGGAUUCUUCACCAGCGGAGCCAUCAAGGACCUGUACGGAGACUUCAAGAUCACCACAUGUGGGCGCUGUGUCAGUGCAUGGUUCAUCAUGCUGACUUACAUCUUCAUGCUGGCCUGGCUCGGGGUCACUGCCUUCACCUCCAUCCCAGUCUUCAUCUACUUCAACAUCUGGAACAUCUGCCAAAAUGCCACCACGCUGGAGGGGGCCAGCCUGUGCCUCGACCCACGCCAAUAUGGUAUCAUUCCUAUCGCUGAAGCCAAAACUGUGUGUGCCGGCUCUGAGAAGUUCUACCGGAUGUGUGAUUCUAACGAGCUGGACAUGACAUUCCACCUGUGCGUGUGUGCACUCGCCGGGGCUGGAGCUGCCGUCAUCGCUAUGAUCCAUUACCUCAUGGUUCUGUCAGCGAACUGGGCCUAUGUGAAGGACGCAUGCCGAAUGCAGAAGUACGAGGACAUCAAGUCCAAAGAGGAGCAGGAGCUUCACGACAUCCACUCCACACGCUCCAAAGAACGGCUCAACGCAUACACAUAA